AUGUCAGACCCUCUCAAUUACACCAUUGGUUGGAUUACCGCUCUCAAAGCCGAAUAUGUCGCUGCACAAGUCUUCCUGGACGAAAAACACCCUGAACCCAGAUGCACAUCGCCAGGCGAUGUCAACCAUUACACCCUCGGCCGAAUAGGCGAGCAUAACGUGGUCAUCACCGUUCUUCCUGCAGGCCAGUAUGGGUUGACCAGCGCUGCCAUGGUCACAGCAGACAUGCGCCAUAGUUUCCCCAACAUCAACUCGUGUUUGUUAGUUGGCAUUGCAGGUGGCGCUCCCAAUGGCAAAAACGAUAUUCGUCUAGGAGAUGUUGUCGUGAGCACACCGGGAAACAAUCACGGUGGUGUCUUUCAAUAUGACUUUGGUCGGUCAAUCCAACAACAAGACUUUCAACACACUCAACACUUAAACCAACCACCCAUGGUCUUUCAAGAAGCUGCCAAACGACUCAGAACUCAGCACAACGCCAAAGGGAAUCAACUUCACAAUGCAGUCCUCGCCACUCUGGAUAAAUAUCCAAGGCUACAAAAGCAAUACGGACGUCCCAGUACUCCCGACCAACUCUACCUUCCUGACAUCAUUCACUCAGAAACAGAUGACUCUAUCUGUCUUCAAGACUGCGGAAGUGACCCUUCAAGUCUCGUUGAUCGAGCACAACGGGCUAGGUGCGAGUUUGAGCCGACCGUCCACUAUGGACUCAUUGCUUCAGGCAAUACCCUUUGCAGGGACGCAUUAUUGAGAGAUAGAAUCUCUGAACAGCGAGAUAUCCUCUGUUUUGAAAUGGAAGCAGCUGGUAUCAUGAACAUCCUACCCUGCAUGGUUGUUCGUGGGAUUUGUGACUACUCCGAUUCUCAUAAGAACAAGGAUUGGCAGGGUUAUGCUGCCAUGAUAGCCGCAGCAUAUGCAAAGGAACUGUUGAAGAAUGUCCCACAGGGCAGUACGGGAUAUAGUAGAGUCAUGGGUCGUGAUUAA